AUGUCCAAAAAGGACCGCCAUCGGGCAUUUUUUGACAUCACAAUCGAUGGACGCCUGGCCGGACGCAUUGUCAUGGAACUGUACAGCGAUGUGGCGCCACGUACCUGUCACAACUUCCUGAUGCUAUGCACCGGCAUGGCCGGCAACGGAAAAGGAGGUGAUUUCACCAAAGGUGAUGGAACAGGCGGUGAAUCGGUGUACGGAGGUAUGUUCGAUGACGAGGAAUUCGUGAUGAAACACGACGAACCAUUCGUCCUCUCAAUGGCCAACAAAGGCCCGAACACAAACGGCUCACAGUUCUUCAUCACAACGGCUCCGGCGCCACAUCUCAAUAAUGUUCAUGUGGUAUUCGGUAAGGUAAGUUCGUGCCUGAAGUGCUUUUAGUU